ACUUUUUUUUUUUUUUUUUUUACAAAUAAGCUUUAAUUAACUAAGAAAAUACAUAUUAAAACCAGAGACCAAAGCUCCACACUCCUCUGAAUUAGUUGUAAAAGUAAAUGUUUAGAUGUAAGGUGGAUCCGGAUGGAUUUUGGAUCAGAUGUGAAGGAGCGUCCGAGCUCCUUCUGGAUGCCUGUGCUCCUCACUCACACCAAGGAGGACACCCAGCUCCGGGCUCCGGGUCGUGACGGAGGAGGAGACGCAGGAAAACACGACUCCUGCAGCGGGGGAGGGGUCGGGCCCUGGGCCCUGCAGGUCCCUGGGGGGCUGCUUCCUGGGACUCUGUCUGAGUUUAAUGGGACUGUCAUUAAUGGGGUCUCCAUGGAAACGAGGCGUCACGACGCGGGUCGGUAUAAAGGAGGACGCGGGACGCGGCGGAGACGGACACCGAAGCUCCGGACCUCCGCGCUGACACCACCGGACCCCCGCCUGUCUGCUGCCCCGGAGCCGCCGAGCCUAACCCGGAGGAUCCAGCCGAGUCCUCCGCUGCCUGCACGAGACAUGCUGCACGAGGCCGCGCGUCACCUCAACACCUCCAACAGUGAUCCAGGUCGAUGCAUCACGAUGAAACGCAGGACGCCUCUGUGUGAGACGAAGCUGAGUGACGGUUCUCGCCCGCAGGUCGUCCAUCGGAUCUCCACCAACAGUCGGGAACGCUGGCGGCAGCAGAACGUUAACGGCGCCUUCACUGAGCUGCGGCGUCUCAUCCCCACACACCCCCCCGACAGGAAGCUCAGCAAGAACGAGAUCCUGCGCCUCGCCCUCAGGUACAUCAACUUCCUGGACCAGGUGCUGAUGGACCAGGACCUCAGAGGGGCCCCCCGGGGCCAAGGGAGCCUGGAGCAGGAGGACGGGCUGCAGGGGGCGCUGUCACCAAACUCCAGCUGUGAGAGUUCAGUGGACGGAGACUCAGACAGCCUGACGGAGGAGCAGGACUGUGGAGGUGCUCUGCAGUACCUGCACCUGGCAACCUGGCAACCAGCUACAGCUGACCAGACAGACCGGAUCCAGCAGAGACCAGCAGGACGAGUCCAGUCGGGCUGAUCCAGCAGAGACCAGCAGGACCUGUAAAAAGGACGUUGUUGAGAUCAUGAAACAAUAAUGUAAAACUUAAAGUGGUCCUUUAAAAAACACAUAUUGUUGUAUUGGACCGAGACGGAGUUCAUGUGAUAUUCACAGUUAUUAGUGUUGUUAUUAAUGAAUUAUUAUACGUGUGAUGUGUUUUAUAUUCUGUCAGAGAAGAAGAAGGCGUGUUUGACAGGACGUUCUGCCGUCCCAGCAGAGGAACCAGUAACCAGUUUAGUUUCUUUAGUGUUAAAGGAACCGUUGGUGCUUCUAUUGUUUGACGUUUGUUGUCCACUGAUUCUUUUUAUCUGUGAUGCACAAAUGUUUCUGUAAGAAUAAAUUAAAGUAAUUCUACACGAA